CUAUUAUUUUUUAUGACAGAGAAAAAAAAAAAACCAUUUUCCAAUCCAAACCACCCCCACUAAUUCAAAAAUCCAAAUUCACUUUCACAGCUUAAAUCCAAUCUUUCCUUCUCCUCUCAUCGCUCUCUUUACUCCAAAAAAAAGAAUAAGAAUUUAAAACACAAUUUUUCUUUUCCUUGUGCUUUUUUCCCUUAAAACCUCAGUUAAGUUCUGUUUCUGCUUAACCUUGAGCUCUCUAAUCUCAGAAAUUAAGCUUAAAAAAAAGCUAAAGUUUUUAUUUAUUUUUUCUUUUCUCUUUCAAGAUUAAUUUCUCCUGUAGAAAGCUCUCUCUUCUACCUCAUACUCAGCUUUCCUUUCAUUUUUUUGUUCCUUUCUGGGUUUUAAAUUUUGGAGCUUGUUUUUUUCCUCUUAAAAAGGAUGAUUUUUUUAGGUUUAAUUUUCAAUGAAAAUUUGAACUUUUUUAAUAUUUUGAGAUGAUUUGAGCUCAAAAUCAAAAUGAGUUUUUAGGAAAGAUUUUCAUAAAAGAAAAAUCUCUUUUAAAGGGUUUAAGCAUGGAAACAACUGUGAGUAGUAACAGUGGUGGCGGGGGGGUAACAGUGGUGGCAUCCGAUGCUCCUUCAAAUUACCAAAUCGCUCCUAGGUCCGACAGCAACCCGAAUUCAACACCUGGAUCUGCGCCACCUGCUCCGCCGCAAGCUCCGCCCCAAGCUCCACCUCCCCACCCGUCGCCCGCGGCGGCGACUAUGCCAUUGAAGAAGAAGAGAGGGAGGCCUAGAAAGUAUGGUCCAGACGGGAGUGUCACCAUGGCUUUGUCUCCGAAGCCGAUUUCGUCGGCGGCUCCUGCACUAUCUCCUCCGGUGAUUGAUUUCUCAGUUGUGAAGCAAAAGAAAAUAAAGCCAGUGAGCAAGGCCAAGUUUGAGCUGGAGAAUUUAGGUGAAUGGGUUGCAUGCUCUGUAGGUGCAAAUUUUACUCCCCAUAUCAUCACAGUCAAUGCGGGCGAGGAUGUCACAAUGAAAAUCAUAUCAUUUUCCCAACAAGGUCCUCGAGCUAUAUGCGUGCUCUCAGCUAAUGGUGUGAUCUCUAGCGUUACACUUCGGCAGCCUGAUUCUUCAGGGGGUACACUAACAUACGAGGGUCGCUUUGAGAUAUUGUCUUUAUCUGGUUCAUUUAUGCCCACUGAAACUGGAGGAACAAGAAGCAGAUCUGGUGGGAUGAGUGUUUCAUUAGCAAGUCCUGAUGGAAGAGUUGUAGGUGGUGGAGUUGCUGGUCUGCUGGUAGCUGCAAGUCCCGUACAGGUUGUAGUAGGUAGUUUUCUGGCUGGGAACCAGCAUGAGCAGAAGCCAAAGAAACAGAAGCAUGAUUCGUUAUCAGGUGUCAUGCCGACUGCUGCCAUUCCUAUUUCUAUUGCUGAUCCUAAAUCCAACUUCUCAUCUCCCUCAUUUCGAGGAGAUAGUUGGUCUCCUUUGCCUCCGGAAUCAAGGAAUAAGCCGGCUGACAUUAACUUAACUUUGCCAGCAGGGUAAUGGGGUUCACCUCAAUUGUGCAUCAAACUUGUCACUGACGGCAAUGGCAUUCAACCUCCAAUCUUAUAAUCUCACCUUCAAGUGUUGUUUUAUCUGUAAUUUUAUCAACAAUUUAUCAGUACUGGCAUGUCGAUUUUACCUAUUUUGUUUUUCAGGUAGAAUUUUAGUUAGCUGAUUCGUUAGGCCCCUGUUGCUGUUGUGCCAUGUAGAAUAGCUAAUGUAAUAUUUACCCCCCCAGAGUUGCCUUUCUCGGGAUUGAUGGACUCUUGCAAAUUGCUGUUAUUUCUAACAUUUCAUCUACUCUUUUUAAAGGCCGUUAAUGUUGCUCUGCGUGAUGCAAUAAUGCAACUUCUUAGAAAUAGUUGUAAUGGCAUUUUCAACUAUUUUUAUAA